AUGGGAUUUAAAGAAUUUAAAAAUAUAGGACUCACACGUGCCAUAAAGCUUUUGAGUGGAGCACAUCACCGCGAAGUCAUCUACCAACAAAAUGAGCGGGAAUUUAACUUGAUAGAUAACGCAAAAAUCCAGAAGCUCAUCUUCUCCGACUACAAUCAGCUCGUGAAGGAGAUGAUCCUCGUGGAGUCGCCGUUCGCCGAAACGACGAUAUGGCUAUAUAUGCGGGAUGGAUACGGCUUACGGGAAGUUGCCCUCGCCUUAACUAAAACAAAACUUAUCGUGGCCUCGGAUGCGCUCGAGACGAAUUAUCAGCAUUGGUGUUCACUGGAUGUCGACCCUUGCAUCGAGACCCUCGAGCUCGUUCCUAUCUACCCGCUCAAGUUUCUGACACUCAGUAUCUUUCGAAACAGGCGCAGGAACAUGUUUAAAGCGAGGUCAUAUCUAACGCAGUAUACUAUAUACGGCUAUACUUUAUUUAGUAAUACGGAUGGAAAAUCUCAUUACUGUCGUCUUGAAUUUGAAUUCCGAUGGUGCACGUAUGCAUGUGCAUAA